AUGAGCUGCCUUCAUGGUGGCGGGACUCCGUUGCGGGUGGCAUUUCCCUCCCCGUGCAUGGCGGAGUUUGAUCGGAUUCGCACUUCUAUGGAGCGUGUGGAGAAUUUGUUGAAUGAAUCAAUGACUCUCCUUUGCGGUUACCGGUCGGUGCGGCUUGCGUGGGGUGAAACAAAUUCAGUUAGUGGAUUUAAUGGCGGGAACUCGCCUUCUCCAACGGGUACCACUUCAUUAAAGGGGUUUAGUGCGACAUCGGGGAAAAGUAGUCGUCACCGCUCGACCUCAUCGGCGGUUUCGGGUCCCAAACCCAAAGCGGGGAGGCCUUCGAAUGCAGCUUUUGAUAUUGUGGACGACCGCAUGGAUAUUUCGCUCACCGCCUUGCGCAACCGCAUCCGAGCGGAGUUGAAUGAUUACUGCCGCUUCGGUCUCGCCGCUUGUUGCCACAAACCGGGUUAA